ACGCUGCUCAAAAUAACUUGGGACCUGCAAACUGACAAAUGCUAUUGCUCCGGUGGUGACAGGUUGUCCAGCUUCUUACAGCCAUCCUCAAUAACGAAGGUUAACUCCCUUCACUGUAUGGACUCGUAGCCAUUCCUGUUCCUGAGGACUCGAAGAAUUCCCUCCCUUCCUUAACUUUAAUCUUACGCUUCUGGAUAAUUGUCAUCGCUACAAACUGCCAGGGUUGGGCAGCAACAUCUAGAGGAAUUAAAAAAAGCAUGCAAGACGACAGUUUAGAAUCCUCAACUUCAAUAUCUCAACUUCUGAGAGAAAGUUAUUUAGCUGAAACUAAACAUCAAGGGAAGAGUGAAAGGAGCAGAUCAGAACCAGCUUCUCGGAAUUUCCAUUACGGCAACGCUUCUAGUGAUGCGGAUGAGGUAGCUGCCCAAGAUGACCUUCCAGAUCUCUCUGCCUUUUUGAGCCAAGAAGAGCUAAAUGAAAGUGUAAACCUGGCAAGACAAGCUAUUGAUCAGAAUCCACUGGAAACGAAACAGGAUGAGCUUCAGGCACAUUCACAGCAUCCCCCAGAUCAGCUGAAAAACACAGGGAAACACAAACAAAUGGCCCAGUCCGCAGCUUUGAAAACAUCAGACAACGGCCUGCACUCCAACUUUUGUCAGGACCACGUCAGAAAUACAAAGGGCUCCAGAGGGAGCCCUCAAGACCUGAAGAAACACCUCCCUUCUGAAUCAGAAUCGAAAAAGGAAUUCCUAAACAAGGCAGCAGAUUUUAUUGAGGAGCUCUCCACACUUUUCAAAGCACACAACUCUGAGAGAAUAAGACCCAGAACAUGCAAAAACUACAGGAGCAAAAUCGAUUCUAAGAACAAACCUGCUCAAAAAGGUAGCUGUAGCCUAUCUGGCACAUCAGAAAACAGAGAAAGGAUUUCCGUUCCACUACCUCAAGACCUGGAAAGCAAAGUAGAGAAAACAUUUGAACAAACAGAUGAUCAACAGGUGUCAAAUUUGGAAUCUAUCAAUCAGUUAACAAGUGCAGAGCUAAAAUCAGAGUCAGAAUCUGCAUCUAUAUAUUCUGAUGAGCCUAUUGGACAACCACCACGCUUUACUCAAAAAUUGAAGAGCAGGGAAGUUCCUGAAGGAACCAAAGUGCAAUUGGACUGCAUUGUGGUAGGAAUCCCAGCACCUGAAGUCAGGUGGUACUGUGAAGGGAAGGAGCUUGAAAACUCACCAGACAUUCAAAUUAUCCAGGCAGGUGAUCAACACUCGCUGAUUAUUGUUGAAGCUUUUGAGGAGGACACAGGACGUUACUCGUGCUUCGCUUCAAACAUCUAUGGAACAGACUCCACUUCUGCAGAGAUUUACAUAGAAGGAGUCUCUUCUUCUGACUCUGACAGUGAAAUCAUCAAAGACGAAAUGGAUCACAAACCGAAGCCAGCUGACACCUCCUCGACCACAGCAUCUCCUGCGGUCAGAACUGCAGCCAAGCAUCAAGAAUCCUCCAAGGCAGCACCUGCAAUGGUUCAGCCUGUGUCUGUACCUGUCCAGCCUGUGUCAACGCCGGUUCAUCAGGCUCAAAGCCCCACCAACUAUUUGCAAGGCCUGGAUGGAAGACCUAUAAUUGCUGCUCCUGUAUUUACAAAGAUGUUACAGGAUAUUUCAGCUUCUGAGGGGCAGCUUGUUGUCUUUGAAUGUCGAGUGAAAGGAGCUCCUUCCCCAAGGGUUGAGUGGUAUAGAGAAGGAACACUGAUAGAAGACUCUCCAGAUUUUAGGAUAUUACAGAAAAAGCCACGAUCUAUGGCUGAACCAGAGGAAAUUUGUACCCUUGUUAUUGCUGAAGUGUUUUCAGAAGACUCUGGCAGUUUCACCUGCACUGCAAGCAAUAAGUACGGCACGGUGUCUAGUACAGCUCAUCUGACUGUCAAAGCAUCUGAAGACAGUAGUAAUGCUGCUACCCCUCACAACAUGACCUCAGUCAACUUAACUGCUGCUGAACAUCAGUCUCCCCCACGUACUCCUUCCCAUCGUGCAGUAAACCAAACUCCCAAACCUAAACUUGAAGGUGUUCUUGUGAACCACAAUGAACCCCGAUCGAGUUCCAAGAUAGGUCUCCGUGUGCACUUCAAGCUGCCUGAAGAUGAUAAAGGAAGUGAAUCAUCAUCAGAGGGUGGACCUGGUGCUACAAACCAAAUCAGACCCAACUCUUUUCAAGAGAGGAUAAAUGGACAGCCAAUGAAAGUACCGGAGCCAACAUCUCCAUCCAAGGAACCCCCACCAGUGCUGGCUAAGCCAAAGCUGGAUCAGACCCAGUUAAAACAGCUCCACAACCAGGUCUUGCUUGAACAACAGCAGGUGCAGACAUCUGCAAGAGAGUUGUCAUUCAACACAGCUUUAUUGAAUUCUGCUACUUCGCUCUAUCAACAGUCCACCUCGACUAUGUACAAGCAAAGCCAAGCCUCCACCUCCCAAGCAUUCAGCUAUUCCCGAUCUAAGCAGUACCUGCCAUCACAAACCACGCUGUCAAACAGCUCCUCUUCUAGCUCCUCAGUUACAACAUUCAGCAACAUCCCUCAAGGACCUCAAAGAACAAAUAACAAGGAAAAUUUCACAGGAAAUCCUCCACCUGCCCAAUCAAGGUCUUCAGGAGGGUUUACAAGCAAAAGUGAACAGUCUCUACCAAGCCCUAAAGAAUCCAUGUUGCCUCCAUUAACACUUUAUACAUCCAGCGUAAAACAGUUUCAGCCGCAGAGCGUGACUCCUGCUCCUAUGUCCCCAACUGGCCGGAUUCAGAAUCCAGUCGCUUUCCUUAGUGCUGUUCUUCCUUCACUUCCUACUGCACCAUCGACCAAUGCUAUGGGACUGCCCAGAAGUACACCAGCCACCCCAACCCAGGGACUCACAAAGAAAAACCUGAAGCCUCUGCCAUUAGUGACAGAUGAUUCCAUUCGGGAAAACAAAGCUGCACUUGUAAAGGACCUGGAAAGAAAACUGCAUUUCAGAGACGAUGCUAAUCAACAAAAUGGCCAGCAGGAAUACAGGAUUUCAAGCUUUGAGCAAAGGCUGAUGAAUGAAAUAGAAUUUCGCCUUGAACGUACCCCGGUGGAUGAAUCAGACGAUGAAAUUCAACAUGAGGAAAUCCCUACAGGCAAAUACAUAGCACCGAUCUUUGAUAAGAGACUCAAGCAUUUUCGGGUAAUGGAAGGAUCUCCUAUUACAUUCACGUGCAAAAUAGUUGGGAUACCCGUUCCAAAGGUUUACUGGUUCAAGGAUGGCAAGCAGAUUUCAAAGAAAAACACGCAUUUCAAAAUGAACAGAGAAGAAGAUGGAACAUGUUCUUUACAUAUUGAAGCUACUACCAGUGAUGAUGAUGGCAACUACACAAUUAUGGCUGCAAACCCACAAGGGAGAAUCAGUUGUUCAGGCCACUUGAUGGUUCAGAGUAUCCCUGUGCGGGGCCGAAUAUCCACAAUUCAGCCUCACAGAACACGACCCUGGGUGCCAGAAGGAGACAAAGAGGCAGUCCAAGAACGCUUUUUCAGGCCAUACUUUCUACAGGCUCCAGGUGACAUGGUAGCACAUGAAGGGGGACUUUGCAGGUUGGAUUGUAAGGUGAGUGGGUUACCAACUCCAGACCUGACGUGGCUUCUCAACGGCAAACCCGUGCUACCAGAUGGUACCCACAAGAUGCUGGUCAGAGAGACUGGAGUUCACUCACUGCUUAUUGAUCCUCUCUCGCAAAACGAUGCUGGAACUUAUACUUGUCUCGCCACUAAUAAAACAGGACAAAAUUCAUUUAGUCUGGAGCUCACUGUUGUAGCAAAGGAAGUAAAAAAAGCCCCCAUGUUUUUGGAGAAGCUUCAGAACUGUGGCGUUCCUGAAGGGUACCCCGUCAGAUUAGAGUGCAGAGUUGUGGGAAUGCCACCCCCUGUAUUUUACUGGAAGAAGGAUAACGAGACCAUCCCAUCAAACAGAGAGAGGAUCAGCAUGCAUCAAGAUACAACAGGGUACGUCUGCCUCCUGAUUCAACCUGCCAGGAAAUCAGAUGCUGGCUGGUAUACCUUGUCCGCGAAAAACGAAGCUGGUAUUGUCUCUUGUACUGCCAGGCUUGACAUAUACGCCCAGUGGCACCGUCAAAUCCCACAGCAACUAAAGCUUCGACCUGGUGGCAGCUGGUACGCAAAUCUCACCGGCCAAGGACCUGACAUUUUUCCUGCCUUCCCAACUACAGAAAGCCCUGUGCUGUUUUCAUCCCCAGCCCAAAAGGUAGUGGAGAGUGAAGAACUGUGAAAUCCAAACAACCAACUGUUCCAAUUACACCCGCAGAGAUCCUGGAACUGUGAAAAGAAAGGAAAAAAAAAAAAAAAAAAGACAUACAAGUCAAGAUGCUCAAGGUUUACAAGCAAUUGGUUUGUAAUUAAGUGUAUUGCUGCUGUGAGUGUUGCAAGUAACACAUCCUGCGAGACUUCUGCGUAUUGUUUUACUGCAGGAUAAUCGUGGUAUGGAGUGUUGUGCAAUAAAUUCAGUACUGUGUAGUUUGCUAAGAAUUACAUAGUAAACAUAGUUUUCGGCACUUAAAAGCCAAUACCACUUUUACUGUUUGAAUUAAAGCUACUGUACUGUACCAAGCCAUGCUAAGGAUUGAUGACGUUCAGCUGGAACACAGCCAGCAAACACAUUGACAUCACAGUAACAACAAUCCUGACUGAGGGUAAGCAACGUGACUUUGAAUGUAACUCUAAAAAACAUGCCAGCUAAUCACAAAGCACAAGCGAAAGGGAAAAGAUGUAACUCAUUUUUAUAUAUUAUUAUGCCAGAUAACGUUAGAAUUUUUGAACUCAAGACGAUAGUGUUUCAUGUAGGUACCACUGAAUAUCCAAUAUAUUUAUAUUUGUGUGUGUGUGUGCGCUCCAUGAACCGUGUACUCAUGGUGUAAGGAUUCAUAAAGUGAGGUACAGGGCACGUGCGUAGGAUGCUAACAUAGGAAUCCAGAAUUCCUGUUGUCUGACACAGGUUCCCUAGAGCCCGUAGCCGAAACUGUUCUCCAAAUGUGCUUCAUUAUUUUUUUCUUUACGAUGCUAGUGAUUCUCUGCCUUUACACACAGCUGAUACAAAGCUUGUAAUGUCACCAUUUUUAAAUAUCAGUCUCUUUUUCCUGAUUUUUAACACGACUAAAAGAAAAGUGCGUCUCCCACCUAGCUCAUUUUGUAGCUAACUGAAAGGAAUUCUGAUCUGGUGGAAUUUAAAUUUGCACUGUUGCUUAGGAAAUAACCACAAGUGUGGGGUCUACUGUAAAGACAGAGAAAAUUCUGUUAAUAUACAGGUGUCAUGAAGUUAAGCAAAGAGCUAAAACCCUACUGUAACUCAUAGUAGCAAUAAAUAAGGCAAUUUAAUGAAAGCGCAACAGAAGGUGUUAAGCAACAAUGAUUAAUGAUUGAUUUGAAUAUAUUUAGCAUCUGUACAGUUGUGUUCAUACCCCCCAGCACUUGUGAAUGUCUAAGAUGAUUUACUGCAUCUUGAAAUUAUUGAUAUCCUUCUUCUUUGGACAUUUCUUCCAGCAGUUCUUGCUCUCAACCCAGCUGGAGAAUGCAACAAAGUCCUGAUCAGAGUCACAGAGACAAAAAGUUAACAGAGGCUUUCAUUUUAGGCCUUAUGUGGAUGUUUUAAAAGUUAAAAAUGUAACUUUAAAAAAAAUUAAUAUGCAAAGAAAACGAUGAGGUGUUGUCUUAAGAGUGAAAAGAUACUGGCAUGGCCAGAGCCUGAGAGACAGCCUUUCAUUUGGUUUCC